UGAGGGCUCAGACGGCAUAGGAGAGAUUUAGCCUUUGUUUUUAAUUUUUAAAGAAAGGAAAUUUGUUUGUUGCCGUGUAGAGACAAGGAAGUAAAAAAAAAUCUAGGCUCUGGCAUCUGGUGAGGGCCUCCGUGCCCCAUCCUCUGGAGGCAGAGGCAGAGGCCCGGGAGAGCAGAAUUUUGGUUUUGAUGCAGGAGUAGCUCGGGUCUUUGUGCAGUCAACAGCCCAUUGUUCCUUCCCCUGGGGAAGAAGAGGCUGUAGUUCUGACUCGUGGCUGUAAACAACUCUGGAGAAAGUGGACAAACAGGCUUCAGAGCCUGGUGAGUCACUUCUGGGGGUAGGGGCCUCACUUUCGGGUUGUUCCACCCUGCCCUAGGCUCCCGUGGCUGCUGCAGGGCACUGUGGCCCGGACCUGCCACCUGGUGGCCACAUUCUGACUUCACCUAGCCUCACGGUUGUCAGGGUAAGGGAGGCUUGAGCUCCUUGUGAAUGAAUGGGAAUUUGCUCUGGACUGGCUGGUCAGGUAGGACCUUGUUUCUUGCUCAAUGAGGCAGCCUUGGAGAGGCUCACCAAGCUAGCACUCAGUUGUCAUCCUCUGUCACACAGAUGGUUGUCACUGUCCAGGGAUAGGACUCAGGCUAGCUGUGUCUGUCAACCUGCCCCUAGAGAUUCCAUACUUCACAGGCCUCUUCCAGACUCAGGGUCACUGAAGUUGGCUCACUCUUGCUAAUGGUUGCUUGAGGUCUGGGCACUGGGCCACUUCUCACCCUCCAGCCAGGGUUAAACAUUAGUGGGAGGUUAUCGGGUUUGGAAAGGGGGUGGGGAUUGCACUUGCAACAGUCUUCUCUGCGGCCCUGUCUGGAGCACCAGUUCCCACCGGAGCCCAUACAAUGCCUGUGGAGGAGUUUGUGGCUGGCUGGAUCUCUGGAGCCGUGGGUUUGGUCCUGGGGCACCCGUUUGACACUAUAAAGGUGCGGUUACAGACCCAGAACACGUACCAGGGCAUUGUGGACUGCAUACUUAAGACUUACCGCCAUGAGUCGGUCCUGGGCUUCUUCAAGGGAAUGAGCUUCCCCAUUGCCAGUGUGGCCCUGGUCAACUCCGUCCUGUUUGGCGUGUACAGCAACACCCUGCUGGCACUCACAGCCACCUCCCACCAGGAGCGACGGGCCCAGCCACCCAGCUACACAAACAUCUUCAUAGCAGGUUGUACUGGGGGCCUCCUGCAGGCCUACUGCCUGGCUCCUUUUGACCUCAUCAAAGUCCGUCUACAAAACCAGACAGAGCCGAGGGUGCACAUAGGGGGCUCUGAACCCCGGUACCGGGGGCCUGUGCACUGUGCAGUCUCCAUCUUGAGAGAAGAAGGACCCCAGGGACUGUUCAGAGGAUCCUGGGCCCUGGUGCUGAGGGACACCCCUACGUUGGGAAUGUACUUUGUCACCUAUGAAGGGCUAUGUCGCCAGUACACACCAGAAGGCCAGAAUCCCAGCUCAGCCACAGUACUGGUGGCAGGGGGCUUUGCAGGCAUAGCCUCCUGGAUCACAGCCACGCCUUUUGAUGUGAUCAAGUCCCGGAUGCAGAUGGACGGGCUGAAAGGGAGAAAGUACCGGGGGAUGCUGGACUGUAUGGCAAGCAGCUUCCGGCAGGAGGGAAUAGGGGUCUUUUUCAAGGGCAUGACCCUCAAUAGUGCCCGUGCGUUUCCUGUCAAUGCUGCCACCUUCCUUAGCUAUGAGUACCUGCUGCGCUUGUGGAGAUGAGCCUGACCCGGCCAUGCCAGCAACUCCACAACAGGACCAUGGCUGACAGCCACUUGGGAAACCAGCCAGAGAACCCAGCCUGCAGGAACAAAAGCAAGAGGUGCCAUGCAUCACCCAGAGAGUUAAGGAGCCAACUCGAAAGAAACCAAUGAACCAGGCCCUGUACAGACACCAAGACACACCACCUCCAGCCCACCUCUUUCCAGGAAGCAGCCAGGCCACCAUGUCACAGCUGCCCCUCUGAAGGAGCUCUCAGGGACCAGUCAUUGCCCUGGCACCACCCAGCCAUGGGGUUCAAAUCAUUCCCCUGGACAGGAGAGUGACUUUUGUCCAGAAUCCCUCAGGGGUUUCCAGUACCUUCAGGGACACCCAGGACCCUAGCUCCUGCUGUCCUGCCUCACUAAGUGCUCCCCUCUCUCCCAAGAGUGCCCAGUGGGGUAUAGUUAUUGUCCCUCUAGUGGCCUACUCUCCUCCAAGACCCAGGCAGAGCUCUGUCUCUAGGGUCCCCAAAAACCCCAGCCCUCCUGCCUACCUCAGCCAUAGCCCUCGUAUACAGUGCUUUAUGGUUGGAUGUUCCGCUCCUCUGAGUCAUUAAUCUGAGAGUCUUGUGGUAAGGCUGUACUUCUGUCUCUUGAACAGAUAGAUACAUGUAAUAAAGUUUCAUUUGAUGAAGUA